ACUUGUCCUUCCUGGAAUGGGACUCCGGCUCUGGGCUCUUAGUAUGGGAGUGAAGAACGAAGGCGAUGGCCACAACGGGGAAGCCCCUGAGUCCCCUGCGCACUUCCAGCCCCCAGUUUCCUUCUGAGAGCCCCACCCCUGCCUCUUGGGUCCCUUGGGUUGGCGUGGAUCAGGACGGGUUUGGGGGUGGAGUCAGACAAGUUCAAAUUUUUUUUGUGUGACAAACUAUGAGUUGACGACCUUGAGUAAAUUCUUACUGACUGUGCCUCAGUUUCCCUCAUAUGAGAAUAACUCCUUGCCGAGAGCUCUUGAGAGCGCAGCCUAAGCUGGCACGUGAGGAUGGCUUUGGAUAGUGUCACCUCGGUUCAUGUUGCCUCAUCCUGUGGGGGAGAGAAGCAGAAAGAGAGAGCUACAUUGGGUAUUCCUUGCCCCUAACCCUGUGGUCUGGUCAAUAGGAGCUGUGAUGGACGCCUUCCAAGAAUCUGAGAUAUGAGUGACCCCCGUGGAAAGAAGCCUGUCCAAGAAGCCAGCCCCACCAUGAGUCUGUGGGAUCUUGAAGACAGCCACAGCUGCCGGGGUCGCCCUCAACCACCCCAGGAUCCUGAGGCUAAAGAGGCCUCUGCUGAGUUGCAGAUGAAGGUGGACUUUUUCCGAAAACUGGGCUACUCGUCCUCCGAGAUCCACAGUGUCCUGCAGAAGCUGGGGGUCCAAGCGGACACCAACACCGUGCUGGGGGAGCUGGUGAAGCAUGGUUCAGCUACUGAGCGAGAGUGCCAGGCCUCGACAGACCCUUGUCCCCAGCCCCCUCUGGUGCCCAGGGGCGGAAGCACCCCCAAGCCUUCCUCUCUAGAACCUUCACUCCCAGAGGAGGACAAGGAGGGCAGUGACUUGAGACCUGUGGUCAUCGAUGGAAGCAAUGUGGCCAUGAGCCACGGAAACAAGGAAGUCUUCUCUUGCCGGGGCAUACUACUGGCUGUGAACUGGUUUCUGGAGCGGGGCCACACAGACAUCACCGUGUUUGUACCAUCUUGGAGGAAGGAACAGCCUCGGCCAGAUGUGCCCAUCACAGACCAGCACAUUCUGCGGGAACUCGAGAAGAAGAAGAUCCUGGUGUUCACGCCAUCCAGGCGUGUAGGUGGCAAGCGCGUGGUGUGCUAUGAUGACCGCUUCAUUGUGAAGCUGGCCUUCGAAUCCGACGGGGUGGUAGUCUCCAACGACACAUACCGGGACCUCCAAGGCGAGAGGCAGGACUGGAAGCGCUUCAUCGAGGAGCGGCUGCUCAUGUACUCUUUCGUCAAUGACAAGUUCAUGCCCCCUGAUGACCCUUUGGGACGGCAUGGGCCUAGCCUGGACAACUUCCUGCGUAAGAAGCCACUGCCUUCUGAACACAGGAAGCAGCCAUGUCCCUAUGGGAGGAAGUGUACCUACGGAAUCAAGUGCCGGUUCUUCCACCCUGAGCGGCCCAGCCGCCCCCAGCGCUCUGUGGCUGAUGAGCUCCGUGCUAAUGCCUUCCUCUCACCCCCCAGGACCCCUGUCAAGGACAAAAGUGGCCAGAGGCCUUCCCCUGCCUCUCAGCCCAGCUCUGUGUCUUCAGAAGCUGAGCAAGGCAGCCUGGAUGGGAAAAAACUGGGGGCCAGAUCAUCCCCAGGCCCCCACCAAGAAGGCUCAACACAGACCUUUACUCCAUCUGGCAGGAGCCUCCCUGUUAGUGGGAGCAGCUUGGGGCCCACAGAGUGGCUCCCACACACCCUGGACUCACUCCCGUACACCUCCAAGGAGUGCCUUGAUUCAGGCAUUGGCUCCCUGGAGAGCCAGAUGUCAGAAUUAUGGGGGGUGCGAGGAGGCACCCCUGGGGACUCGGGCCCUACUCGGGGCCCUUACGCUGGUUAUCAUACCUAUGGGUCUGAGCUGCCAGCAGCACCUGCCUUUUCUCCCUUUAGACAGCCCCUGGGUGCUGGCCACUUCAGUGUCCCCACUGACUAUGUGCCCCAGCUUCCCACCUUUCCAGCCAGAGAGUACUGGUCUGAGCCAUACCCUUUGCCCUCGCCCACCCCGGUCCUUCAGGAGCCCCAGAGACCCAGCCCAGGAGCUAGCAGGGGCCCCUGGGGAAGGGCGAAUGAAAGGGCCAAAGAAAGGGCCGGUGUGUACACCAAGUUGUGUGGUGUCUUUCCCCCACACCUGGUAGAAGCAGUGAUGGGGCGCUUCCCGCAGCUCCUGGACCCCCAGCAGCUGGCCGCCGAGAUUCUUUCUUACAAGUCCCAGCACCUCAGCGAGUAAGCCAGAAGGUGGCGCAAGGGGCUGUUGGGCAUCACAGGUCGGUACCCAGCCCCUGGCCCACCCUGGAAGCUGGACAGAGGGACGAGUGGAGCAGGCAAGAGAAUCCUCAAACCAAAGAUACCAUAGGAUUGGUUCUGGCCCUGUGGCACCUCUAUCCCGCAUGGGUCAGAAGCGAUCACCCUGUUGAUACACAUUGUAUCUCUGUCAUUUAAGGAGACGCUGCCGGUCAGGCCGUCCAUCCGUGGCUGAUGCCCAAACCCUCUUUUUUUUUCUCAGAGGGCGGGGAGGGAGGCCUGGGGGAGCAGAGGCCUGAACUAGACCCCACCCUCCACCCUGUCCCUGGGACGCCGGCACCACCGGCUAGUUGGGCACCAUGUGCCUGCCCUCCGAGGCCCCCCUCAAGCAAUGCGGCUUCAUCCCUGUUCACAGGGCAUGAGGCUUCAUGUUAGUAAGCAAGAUGCUUCUUAUAACCCACCCGCCCGCUCUGUCCACCUACCCCGUCACCCCACCAGGGCUCCAAGGCCCUCUCUCCCCACACCUAUUACCUUUCCCCACGGGUGGGAGGACACAUGUAUGCUAUGUACAGGAAAAAAAUUGAAAUAUUUUAAAUGGAAAGAAUGACAAAAAUAAAGGAUAUUGAAAGUCCUUGCAA